AUGCCAGGGUUUGGGGUUCGCAAGCAUGAGACACGUUCUGUUACUCUGUCCAGGUCCGUCGGGGUGGAGCUUGCGAUUUUCGUUGUCACCCUGUCGGUCGCCUUCAUCUUCAGUCAAGUCGGCAAGAAAAACGUCGACGCAAAGAAGCUCAAAGCAUCCAGUGAUGAGGAAAGGUGCCCAUCUUGGUUUUCGUGGAAGCUGCCCGCGGCAAAGGCAGUCGAGCCCUGCAAAGCGCCUCCAGUACAGAAGAAGCCCCUCUGCAAGGAGCAGCAGGUGAGCUCUGCUCGGACCUCUUGCUCUUCCGGCUCCGCCUCGCGCCGACUUGAUGAGAUCGCCGCCUCGGCACGAGAUCAGCAUGCAAGCCGAAACGUCGGCCAGGUGAUCCAGAUGUAUGACGAAUUCUUAUCCAGUCUUGCCGAGAAGCACACGCAGAUCCCCGAGGUCGCGAGCAGUGCACGACACAGUGCAGUCGAAUUCUUCGCAGCUCUGGUCUACUGCGUGGUUCGUGCUGGCCGCUUCAACUUGGUGGAGAGGUUGCUGGAUGACAUGGUCGCGCAGGGAGUCGCCCGCCCUCUGCAGUUCUACGAGAGCACCAUGAAGCAGCUCGCAGGAGUGAAAAAGUACAAGCUGGCCUUGGCUGUGUACGAUCGACUGUCAGCAGACGGCCUGCAACCUUCCGCGGUCACGCUGAGCUGUCUCAUCAACUUCGCAGUCGAGGUGGGUGAGCUCAACAGGGCCAUCCAGUUCUUUAAGGUUCUCUCGACGGUGAGCACGCCUUCUAUCCGGGCGUACAUGACCGUGCUGCGUGUUCACAGCAUGCGCCAGGACUGGCCUGCAACACUUUGGACUAUCCGAGACAUGAGACGUCGUGGCGUGGAGGUGGAUACGUUGGCCAUGAAUGUGGCCCUAAGCACUGGAGUCGUUGCGGACCACAUCGAGGAGGUGGAGGCUUUGCUGGCAGAGGCUCCAAGCGUGGACAUCGUGUCGUACAACACCCUGGUGAAAGGCUAUGCCCAGCGCAGCGAUCUGGCCAAAGCCCAGCAGGUGUUGGCCAAAUUGCUGGAACGAGGACUGCGGCCUAAUGCCAUCACCUUCAACACAGUGAUGGAUGCCGCUGUACGCAGCGGAGAAGUCUGCCAAGCGUGGCAACUCUUCGACAGCAUGUCCGGACGGGGCCUUCGGCCAGAUCGGUUCACUUGCUCCAUCCUCGUUAAGGGCUUGACAAAGCGUCCGACAGAGACACACAUCAAGAGAUCGCUGACCUUGCUUCGCCAGGUGGCUCCUCUUUGUGACAAGACCUUCUUGAGCGGCGUGUUCCAGUCCAUCUUCGACGCUUGUCAGGCACUAGAUGAGGGCCUGCAGCUGGCCAAGCAGGUCUUCGCCGAAAUGCGGCGCCUGGAGGUGCGAGAGUCGGCUCUUGUCCGGUCAAGAGAUGUCAAGGCUUCAAGGGCAGUAGGACAGAGUAGAGGAAAGCAUCCCUGCAAGCUGUGUCUUGGUGUUCCGCAGCAACGGCUCGGCCGAAAGCCAAGCAAUGGAAUGCAGCACAGCAUGCCCUUCGAAGUUGCUGGUGCUCACCUGGAUGGCAAAGCGGCAGUGAGCCCAUCUGCUGAUCAGCUACAGACGUGA